ACGAAACAUUCUUUUUCCACGAUGGCGUCGACAAGAGAUGCGUCUGCUUUUGGUUGCAAAAAGACACGGGUUCAAAACCCGCUGCUCGCCCAAUUUUCUUCCGGAGUACGGAAAAAGAAAAACGGUGGGUGGGCCAAGAAACGAUGCACUGUCUAUCGAACUCGAAACUUCUGGCAAUGCGUGGCGGAAGUGGCGCACCCGCAACACGCACAGAAGAUUAUUGGAAAAAAGGUGGUUCUACUCCCCGCCAGCCGGUCGGGUUCCGGUUACCCCAAGAAGACUUCUCUUGCCUAGCAAACAAGAAGAAGCCUCGAA